CAAACAGUCGCGGUCCCCUCUAUCGCCGCGAUGUCUCUCCCUUCCCUUCGCUGGUCAGCGCGCUCCGGACGCGACGCGUAGGGACUACCCGGCGGCCGGGGUUUGCGGGCUCCUCCGGGCGAGUCUACAUGCGGUGGGAUUUGGAGAUUGCCGGGAGCCGGCGGGGAUAGAUCUCCGGAGACUAGAACUAGAGAACGUUCCAGUCCAGUCACCAGGUCCUGUCGGAUUUCCUGCGUUGCUCGCCGCCGCGCGCGGCGGGGGACCCCUGAGUCGCUUUGAGAAAGGAUACAUUUGCGGUUCUCGGCUGUAUAGAUUCACACUGGGUGUGCAGACAGAAAGGAUCCGAAACACAGAAGGUAUAUCGCUUUAAAAAGUUUUAAAAAAAUGCAGUUAUAUUUGCGUCUUUAUGAAAACAUUUACACACAGUUAUAUGGAUGCAUUUAAAAAUACAAGUAAUUGUGCCCUGAUGGCAAAGGAGUUCUUUCUGGUGGUGAUGAAAAUAUUCCCUAUCUUGUUUGGGGGUGGAAGGGACUCAGAUGAACUGAGUUGUCAAAACUCGUAGAAACUCAACACUGAAGACCUGUGCAUUGAUUGUAUCGUGUGUGAAUUGUCCAAUUUAAAAAAUCAAAACAAUUCUGCACGCAUAUGAAAAGUUACUGCCAUUGCAUAUUGCAUAUAUAAAAGCAGCUGCAGGUGUGUAUUUUAGCAACUAAGCGCAAAGCUGUAGGGUUAUAUAUUUCUGCAAACUCUGAGCAGUCGGGAAAAGGCGGCUGACGUCAUUCGGGGCGGGGCCUAAGCCCCAAGAAAAGCCGGUGGCUCCAGAGCAGCAGCCGCCGGCCAACGCAGCCUCACCAUGAGCGGCCGCAACACCUCCGAUCUCCAAGUUCUCUGCAGCGCCGGUCGGCUGUUCUUGCAGCCCCUGUGGGACCGCCUGAGGACCUGGGAGGCCCUCACCCAGUCGCCCUUCUUCCCGGCCAUCUUUUCCAUCACCACCUACGUGGGCUUCUGCCUGCCCUUCGUGGCGCUGGACUUCCUGUGCCCCUGGGUGCCCGCGCUGCGGCGCUACAAAAUCCACCCCAACUUCUGGCCAACGGCGCGGCAGCUGCUGCCCUGCCUGGGGCAGACGCUCUACCAGCACCUGGUGUUCGUGCUCCCCGUGACGCUGUUCGGCUGGACCCGCGGCCGGGCCCUCCUGCCUUCUGAAGCCCCGGAGCUGCUCCAGCUGGUGUGCCACGUCGUGCUCUGCCUGCUGCUCUUCGACGCCGAGUUCUUCUUGUGGCACGUGUUGCACCACAAGGUGCCCUGGCUGUACAGGACCUUCCACAAGAGGCACCACGAGAACUCGCCCUCGUUCGCGCUCGCCACGCAGUACAUGAGCGUCUGGGAGCUGUUUUCCUUGGGUUUCUUUGACAUGGUGAACGUGAUGCUCCUUGAGUGCCACCCGCUUACUGUCCUGGUCUUCCAUGUGUUCAACAUCUGGCUGUCGGUGGAGGACCACUCGGGCUAUGACUUUCCCUGGUCCACGCACAGACUGGUACCUUUCGGGUGGUACGGGGGCGUGGCCCACCACGACUUGCAUCACUCUCAGUUUAACUGCAACUUCGCCCCUUACUUCACACACUGGGACAAACUAUUGGGAACUCUGCGGUCUUCUCAAGCCAAGUAACAGGCACCCCUCCCCGCGUGGUGGUGUGGCCGCGGUGGGCAGUGGGUACCGCUCAGACCCAGGACUGUUGUGCCUUUCACACUCGAAUCAGGAGAAACACACCAGAGCUUUGUUUGACUUUUAUUUUUUUUAGUAAGUAACUUAUUACCUAAUGGAAAUUUAUGGAUAAAAUUUGAUGUAUUUUUACAACCUGAUAAAGUAAUUUGUAUGGUUUUUGUAUUUUUGAUGUCGAAUUCUAGCUCACUUCAAUAGCCUUGAUUCCUGGAUAUAAAUUAGAUGUUCAUCACUGGCAUAUUUAAAUCAUCUCUAGAAGGUUUUGUUUGUAGGACAAGUAAUAUCCUAAAAUAACAUAUUUUUAAUGGAGAAUCUGAUAUCUGACUCUAUAAACUAUGAAGCAUGUUCCUGCUGGACAGUAACUAAGAUGACUGUAUAUUUUAUAUUUUUUCAUAGAACUGUAUAUUUAUAUUGGCAGAAAUGUGAUUUGUACUUAAAAAAAAAACCAGAACAUAAACGAAACAAGUACUGGCUCCUGUUUCACUGGCAUUUUGACUGCAAAAAACUAAAAUGGGAAGAGGAAGUUGGGAUAACCGGAUCAGAGCCUCCAUCAGCCCUGCCAUGAAAAGAGAGAAAUCUGGUGGUGGUGUUUUGGGGUAUGGGGGGAUAGUAGGAGAGAAGGAGGCAGGAGAAGGGGUCUAUUGAUUGCUUUGGUCUAGAAAUUUCACAAAGAAAAAAAACACUAUUCUUUUGUAUGUAUUUCAGCUGAUUUCUGCAUAACAGGUAAUUGAAAGGGUUACUCUGCAAAGUUUUAGAGGGAUUAACACUGAGCAACCAUUUGAUUAUUUGCAGGGAGGGUGGUAUUGGGGGAUGAAUAGAAUUUAUAAAGUGCCUUGCUUUGUAAAACUGGUGAGUCACAUGUGUGCAUUAGAGAGACUGAUAGAAACGGGUUCUGGGCAUUGUCUCCCCUUUCAUGAAGCCAUUUAGUGUAAAAGGCAUCAUACACAUCACCUCUCCAAUCUGGGAAUUUUGUCUAUUCACUGUUCUUAAGACAAACACGCAAACUGCAUAACCCUUUCUCAAAGAAAAAAAAGUAAAAUUUGACCCUAGACCCAUGGUUUCUCACCUAUAAAAGGAGAGUGUGUCUUAGAUGUUCUUAAAGAUUACUUGUGACAAGAAAUGUCCCGAGUACUGACCACACACCUGUUACCCAUCAUAUACCCCCUCCAUCUGCUGCCUAAUUGUUUCAGUUUUAUCUUUGGAACGUAGUUAGAUAGGGUGAAGUUAAAAAUCAAGACAAUUUAGGGCCGGCCGAG